UUACAUUUAGAUUCACCAUUUAUUCACUUAAAUGUGAAGAAAAUGAGCUAAAUGUGAGAAAGGUGGGCACACUUUGAAAAGGGUGAGCUAAAUAUCCAAAUUAUAUCAGCUAGAAAAGUGUAUUAAAAAUGUUUACAUUAAUCACCCCAGCACUUAAAAUAUUUUGAUUGAUUGAUUGAGACUUUUAUUAGUAGGUUGCACAGUGAAGUACAUAUUCCGUACAAUUGACCACUAAAUGGUAACACCCAAAUAAGUUUUUCAACUUGUUUAAGUCGGGGUCCACUUAAAUUGAUUCAUGAUACAGAUAUAUACUAUCAGAUAUAUACUAUCAUCAUAAUACAGUCAUCACACAAGAUAAUCACAUUGAAUUAUUUACAUAUUUAAAGUUGUUGUAAUUUAGUUUUAUCUCCAGGAUGUAUCUGCAAUUAAACAAGCUUGCCAGUGGUGAUCUUGUUAUAUUUUUUGGUUUGGAAAUGUUAACUUUGAGCAAUGAGAUUCACUUGCCCAAACUUGGACAUCCUGCUUUCUUCUUGUCUUGAAGCGUUGCUGUGGCGCCCUCUAGUGGCGUUUUCUUCUUACAGCGCUUUUUUAGUUUGGUUCUUCACCCUGACCAUGUUCAGUUGAUUUAUUACUAUUAACUUUUUAUUUUUGGAUUAAUUGACCCAUCCAAACAAACACAUUAUUUACCUUGUUACUUGACAUGUCACAACGUGAACUUUUCACACUGUUUACCAAAGUUAUACAUCCACUAUAACGUAUAUAAACGAUUUUGCUUUUUAUCCUGAAAACAAGUGUAAAGUUGUGUAGCAUGUACAUUGAACUUCGCAAAACAAAUGACGCACAUGACUAAAAGUCGAAUUUCCGCCUGUUAACUUUGCCUUUCCCUAUUGGCUAGACUGCUGUCCAAUCAGCGGCCGAUGCGGAAGUGUUCCCUUCAAUCUGGAGUGGUGGUCUUGGUCACAUGACACACACGACUGCCAGUGGAAGAAGAUCGUAGAGAACAUCUUCCACACAACAAGAUGGCUGUCUCAGUCCCCGCCUCACAGACUGUCCUGCUGGACACGGGGGCUCCUAUGCCCCUUUUGGGUUUGGGCAUGUACAAACUGAGCGCCGAGGAGGUUCACCGCGUUGUGGACGCGGCCCUGGCUGCAGGCUACCGGGCCUUCGACAGCGCCGCCGUGUACCGCAAUGAAGCCGACCUGGGUCACGCCCUCAAAGAUCUCUUGCCGAAGUACGGCUUGACCCGUGAGAAUGUCUUCAUCACCAGUAAGCUGGGCCCUAAAGAUCAGGGCGAGAAGGCCAUGAAAGGAGCCCUCUGCAGCCUUUCUAACCUGGGGAUGGAUUACAUCGACCUCUACCUGGUCCACUGGCCUGGCACUCAAGGCCUGGAUGUGUCUGACCAGCACAACCCAGACAACAGAGCUCAGAGUUGGGCCGCCCUGGAGGAUCUGUUCAUUCAGGGAAAGCUGAAGGCCAUCGGGGUGUCCAACUACACGCCCGCACACAUGAGGCAGCUCAUGCUCAGCUGUAAGAUUCGCCCGGCGGUGCUGCAGGUGGAGUUCCACCCACAUCUGUGCCAGGAUGAGCUGAGGAGCACGUGCAAAGAGUGGGGGGUAUGCUUCCAGGCCUACACUUCCCUGGGGAGGGGGGAGUUGCUCGCAGACCCGCUGGUGGCCGAAGUGGCAAAGUCUUGCAGCCGGACGCCUGCACAGGUGCUGCUGCGUUGGGCAGUGCAGCAGGGCAUCCCGGUGCUGCCCAAGUCGUCCAAGCCAGAGCGGAUCACGGAGAACGCCAGGGUAUUUGACUUCACGCUGUGCGAGGAUCACAUGCAGCGACUGUCGGCCUUGAAGCGAGGACGCAGGUUCUGCUGGGAUCCCUCCCAAGUGGUUUGAUGGUGGCCCACAUUGAACUCCUGGAUGAUGUUCGGAGCCUCUUUUAUGAUCACAAAUAACUCUUGAAUCACUUUUAACAUGGUUUAUUUAAGACAGCAUUUAGAAGAUUCACAGCUGUAGAGAAAAUGUACAAAAUGCAACAUUUCAUUGUUUUUCCACACUACUUCAAGUAAUACCAAGUUGCAAAACUGCACAGGCCCGAGUAUUUUUUGUUGUUGUUUUUUUCAUUUUGGAUAGAGCAUGAGCAUCAUGCCUAACGGCGAGUGCAGUUUAAGGCGGUACUGCGCGACCAGCAUCGCACUUAGAACAAGUUCAAGGCAGGUAGUUGGAUUCUAGCUUCUUUACAUCGUUCUGCUCUCUAUCGAGGCGUCAGCACCUUGUACUUGAUGGAUGCAGGUCAACAAUAUUGUUACUUCAACACUUCUAUUAACAUUUGAUCCAACAUAGUAAAAAAAAAAAAAAAAAAAAAAAA